CGCACGUCUCCAUUGUCCAAGAUGGCGGUGCGGACGCAGCCUGUAUGAUGCUUCUGUUUGUAAGGCGCUUAUUUUGUAUUUUUUCCGGCAAGUUUCGUCUCCGCGUCCCGCUCCCGGUCGGAGGGAACGCGAGCGCCUCUCCGCCUUUGCUCGCGCUCAUCUUCACGCGCGUCGCGGCGCGGCGGGUUAGUGUCGCUUCGUUUCGCGUCGACCCGGUUUUCCCUCCAUCGCGCGGAAAAGUUUGAAGGGGAGAGAUGAAGCGGCAGGCCGAACGCGACGCGAGCCCCGCGCGAGCCGCCGCUAAACGGAUCCGGGAGCGUGAGAGGGAACGGGAACGGGAGCGCGAGCGGGACCGGGAGCGCGAAGGCAGCCGUAGGGAGGACGCCAUCGCCGCCGCCGCCGCCGCUGUUGCUGCUGCUGCCGCUGCUGCCGCCGCUGCUCCUCCCGCGCUGCUUCCUUCGCCGCCGCUCGCGCUGCUGCUCGCUGACAGCCGCUAUGUGAAGCGCGAGGCGCGCGGCGGCGAACGGGAAAAGGCUCGCGCGCGCGACGAGAGCGGCGCGCAUCAUCGCUUGCAUCACGACGCGAGCGCUCGGUCCGGCCAGCGGGCUGCAGGAAAGGGCAAAGGGUCAGCGGGCGCCGAGCUCCUCGGUGGUCGUGCUGCCGGGGCCGCGGGCGGUGCUGCUGGGAGUAGCAGUGGCCUCGAAUACAAGACACUGCUGGUCAGCAACCUGGGUUCACACCUGUCCGACGAGCACAUCGAGGACGAGCUCUUCCACGAGUUCAAGAAGUUUGGCGACAUGAGUGUGAAGCUCUCUCACACGCCGGAGCUGGGCCGGGUGGCCUACGUGAACUUCAGGCAGGUGGAGAGCGCCCGGGAGGCACGCCACGCCAGGGCCCGGCUGGUGCUGGGUGACCGCCCGCUCCGGGUGGAGCCGGUUUAUGUGCGCCGCCGCAGCUGCACGCCGCCAGAUGUGGCCUAUGCUCCCCUGCUGCACGCCGCUUAUCCAUACAGGCAGCGCUCGCUCUCACCAGGAGCUGGAGGCAGUGCCCUGCGGGACGCUCGAGCCAGACAUUACGCCGAGGGUGUUGUCGGGCUUACCAGGGAGCGAGAGCGACUCUUGGAUUACUACAGUGCUUUGGAGGAGAGGAGCCGUGCCCUUGCGUUACAGAUGCAGGCCGAGGACGACCUGAAACCCGAGGAUGACCAGAGAGCCACUAGAAAUCUGUUUAUCGGCAACCUGGAUCACAAUGUGUCGGAGGCGGAACUCAGGCAGGGUUUCGAGAAGUAUGGUGUUAUUGAGGAGGUGGUGAUCAAGCGGCCGGCCCGCGGGCAAGGAUGUGCCUAUGCUUUCAUCAAGUUCCAGAACUUGGACAUGGCUCACAGGGCCAAGGUGGCCAUGCAGGGCCGGGUGUUUGGGGGGAACCAGGUGAAGAUCGGCUACGGUAAGGCCAAUCCCACCACACGCCUGUGGGUGGGUGGCUUGGGCCCCAACGUGUCGCUGGCUGCCUUGGCCAGAGAGUUCGACCGCUUCGGAAGCAUCCGCACCAUUGACUAUGUGAAAGGAGACAACUUCGCCUACAUCCACUAUGAGAGCUUGGAUGCAGCCCAAGCUGCGUGUGCCCAGAUGCGCGGCUUCCCCCUGGGCGGCCCCAACCGUAGGCUGCGUGUGGAUUUUGCUAAAGCUGAGGAGGUGCGGGCAUACCCACAGCAGUACCAGCUGCCCCUUCCAUUGCCAUCACAUUAUGAGCUUCUAAGUGAUGGUUACGCGCGCCACCGCAGCUUGGAGAGAGAACUAAGGGCACGGGCUCGCUCACCAUCCCACCCGCUUUUUGCAGAGAGGGAACGGGAACGUGGGAUCUCUGAGCGCGACUGCAGUCCUCCUAAGGGCCUGGAGCGCAGGACUAGCACAGAAGCCUUUGGCCGAGGAAGAGCCCGCAGUCGUAGCAGGGAGCGCUGGACUAAGGACAGAGAAUCAGAUCGCAAAGGCUGGGAUGAGCGGCGCAAGCGUCGGAGCCGGAGUCGGAGCAUCAGUCCCGGUGAGCGCCUGUUUGAGGAGCGAGGUCGCGCCAGAGUGAGGGCUGGUGCCCCCUCCACUCCAGAGGACAGCCCAGACCGGGCUCGUGGUCGCCUCCCUGACUCGACCUCCGAGCCCCAAAGCCACACACCUGACAGCAGCCACCAGUCCAGCGAUGAGCGGCCCCAGUCACAGGAUGAUUCAACCCAGCACCGCAAAGGCGGGGAGCAUGAGCGCAACCAUCGCAAGAGCGAGCCAGACCUGGAUGCACAGGUAGACAAGUGCAAGAGUGAGCCAAAAAAGCUCAACACACUGUCCGAAUAUGCCCAGACUCUCAGCAGAGUGUGGCAUGGCUCCCUGGUGCUGAAGAACAGCAGCUUCCCCACCAACAUGCACAUCCUUGAAGGGGGAGCCAGCUUCUUCCUCUCCCUCAUGAAAGACAACCAGACGGGCAGUGCCAAGAUCCCCCAGCUCAAGAUAGCCCAGCGACUGCGGCUGGACCAGCCCAAGCUGGACGAGGUGACCCGCCGCAUUAAGCUGGGCAGCCCCGAUGGCUACACCGUCCUCCUGGCCGUGCAGGGCCCAAUGGAGCGGGACUCGCCACCUCCAGAGCCAGGCCUCCAGAAACGUCUUCUCCGGAACCUGGUUACCUACCUCAGAAACAAGCAGGCAGCCGGUGUCAUCAGCCUGCCCCUCGGCGGGCCUAAAGAUCGUGAGAUGGGGGGCAUGCUGUAUGCUUUUCCCCCUUGCGAGUUCUCCCAACAGUACCUUCAGACUGCUCUGAAAACAGUGGGCAAAAUAGAGGAGGAGCACCUUGUUAUUGUGGUUGUUAAAGACUCACUUUAAUACUCCUUUUCUACAGCAGAGGCAAUGGACAGCUUUGUUUUAUAACUUUCAAUGAAAACAGUAACUGCCUUUCACACAGCAUUCCGUUUUUGGACUAAUUUGGACUGAUUCAUCGCUUUGUAAACUUGAGAAACUUGACAGUUGUUUUUAAUCUUGUUUUUAUCCACAGCAUUCUAGUACCUUAUUGUACCUCAGUUUUUUUAUUGAUAUUGCAUGCAGGAGGCAGUUUUACAGAAGUUCCUCUCCACUGAUACAUUGUGUAUUUGAUGGGAAGUCAAGCAUAGUGAUUUAUGUUGAAGCCGCAAUUUUCCUCUCUUCGCGGUAGCUUUCCUCUGUUCAGUCUAAUAGUUUUGUUUUUUCUGUUUCCUUAUGCUGACAGACCAAGUGUGACUUAAACAUGCCAUAUUCUGAAUGUAGUAGUUGUGACAGCAUUCAUCCAUUACAGGGGAGGGACUUGUCAUUACAGGCAACAUCUACCUCUGGAGUCUUCUUUUGUCAAACAAAAUGUCUUCAGCAACGCCUCUGACAAAUGCACUCGGCAUUAACAGCAGGUGUCCAGAAACUGUACUAAUUUUACGCCCAUAACACUAAUUUUUAUAAGCAAUAGUGCAAACACUAAGACCUGCGUGCUGAUAUGAUGCUGUUGUGUUUUUUAAAUAUUUUAAUUUUUUGUAGCUUUCUCCAGGUCACUAAAUGCAUUUCAGAGUCAUUUUAAUAAGUUUUAAGUGAAGCUGACAUUGAAGCUGCUUUAAAAAAUAUGUAUGAAAUAGUAUGACUGAAAAUCCUUGUUGCUUUUGUGAAGGAAUGCAUCAAUUUGACAAAACUACUUCCGAAAAAGAGUCGUUUGCUUCCUUUAGCAGUUGUAUAACUCAUUCCACAGCGGUUCCUUGACACUCCGUUUUGUUAUUCCACAUGUAGCCUUUUCUAUUGUUUGUAUUUGUCCUAUGUAUGCCAUCUGAAAAUGUAAGUAAACGUUUCAUGGUCUUCUUUUUAA